GAGAAACAUGAAGAAGAAGCCAGAGUGGGGUUUCAAGGAAAACCAAGAACUUCAUGCGGCUGCAGCUUUCACAAUUAGAAACAUCCUUGAAGCCAUCAUGGGAAACAUCGAUGAAUCACGAACCGGGAAAACGAUGAUUCAUCUUGGACAUGGUGAUCCUUCUGUUUAUCCCUGCUUUCGUACAACCACCAUUGUCCAAGAUGCACUCAUUGAAUCCAUUCGAUCUGCCAAGUUCAAUUGUUAUCCUGAUGGCGUGGGGAUUGAUGUUGCAAGAAGGGCAAUUGCAAAGUAUCUAUCGAGAGAUCUUCCCUACUUGUUAUCAAGUGAUGAUGUUUUCCUAACUGUUGGAGCAAACCACGCUAUUGAAGUAUUGUUAACCGUUCUUGCUCGCCCUGGAGCAAAUAUUCUUUUCCCAAAACCUAAUUAUCCUAUUUAUGAAGCACGGGCCAGAUUUAGUGAGCUGGAGGUCCGCCACUAUGAUCUCCUUCCUGAUCAAGGUUGGGAUGUUGAUCUUGAUGGUGUUAAAGCCUUGGCAGACGAAAAUACGGUGGCUAUUGUUCUCAUCAACCCAGGGAAUCCUUGUGGAAAUGUAUUCUCAUCUGAGCACAUGAAAAAGAUAGCUGAGACGGCAAGAGAACUUGAGAUUAUGGUGAUAGCGGAUGAAGUGUACGCCCAUCAAGUUUACGGGCCAAAACCAUUUAUUCCCAUGGGGGUGUUUGGGGAUAUAGCACCCGUUGUGACUCUUGGGUCAUUAUCCAAACGAUGGAUCGUUCCAGGUUGCCGUUUUGGUUGGAUUGCAUUAACUGAUCCUGCUGGCAUUCUUCAACAAACUGGGAUUGGUGCUUGCCUCAAGAGUUGUCUAACUAUUUCUGCAGAUCCUCCAACUAUAAUUCAGGGAGCGAUUCCUAGUAUCAUUGAAAACACAUCAAAAUCUUUCUUCUUGAAUAUCAACAAGUUGCUUAAGGAGGCAGCCGACCUGUUUUAUGAAGCACUUAAGGAGAUACCCCUUGUUACAUGCCCAUACAAACCAGAGGGAUCCAUGUUCGCAAUGGUAAAGUUAAACAUAUCAGCUUUUGACGAUAUAGUCGAUGAUACAGACUUUUGUAUGAAGUUAACUAAAGAGGAAGCGAUGAUCCUUUUUCCUGGGGAUGCAGUUGGUUUGAAGAAUUGGGUUCGAGUGAGUAUUGGAACAGAGAAAAAAGUGCUUGAAGAUGCAAUUGCAAGGCUCAAAGAAUUUUGCAUCAGACAUACAAAAACUAAUUAG